CCGCAAGGCGAGCGGGAGUCUGAGUUGGUAGAAAGUUCGGAGUAUCCCUCUAUUUCUGAACAGAAGGCUUUAACCUGGCUGCCAAAAGAUGGAUGGAUCCGGCGCGAUGAAGUCCGGACGCCCCGGUCAGCGAAGCACAGUCCCUGCUAAACGGUCUGCUGACGCCCAGGAGGAAGCGUGGGUGGCGGAUGAGGAUCGAUUUGUGUUGCGUCAAGCCAAGAAAAAGGCAGAAAUCCGUGUAAAAGAAGGCCGACCGAAACCGAUUGAUUGGUUAGCUGUGUUGUUACGGGUUGUUGAACCUGAUCCCGUCGACGACGACGGUGACGACUCGGACCUGCCCGUGGUCAAUCCCGACGGAAUAUUUGAUAGUUUAGACGUUCAGCAACUCGAAGAGUUGGAGAAGGACAUCAACGCAUUCGCUUCACUGGAGCAACUCAGAGCCAAUAGGGAAUACUGGAAUAGUAUGAAAAUUAUCUGUGGCGACCGCAGACAAAAGUUGAGCGGUAGAGGUCCAGAAGGGCGCGCUAUAAGCUCAGUCUCUUCUGAUAUCGAUCGUACCUUCUCGAACAAGACAUAUGACGAACUGCAGACCCUCGAACGGCAAGUUAACUGGAAGAUUCAGUCAAACGAACCGAUUGACUAUGAUUAUUGGGAGCAGUUAUUGCGAACCCUACGAGUCUGGAAAGCAAAGGCAAAGCUCAGGAAUGUAUAUCAGUCUGUGAUUGAGGAUAGGCGACAAAAGCUUCGGCACCAACAGGCGGAAGAGGCAAAAGCUAUCGCAAGUAAACUGCAGGGCAUAUUGGGUUCCACAGCAGCCGCCGGAUCAUCUACGAAUCCUUCGACCGUUGAAUAUUCGGCACCUCUAGACCCGGAACCAAUGCUCAAGCUUCGAUUGGAGGACAAGGCGUUGGAGCUGAUCGAAGAAAAGGAAUUUUUGAAGAAAGUUAAUGCAGAAAGGCGCAAGGUUUUGACUUUGGGCUUUGUUCCAAUGAAACAACGCCAAACGGAAAAGUUAGCGCCUGCCACAGAAAGUAGAGUCGGAGAUGAUUCUGCGAAGUUGGCUCGGUUUGCAAACACUUCAAAUGAAGACUUCUCCCAAGCAACAAGGGCCCUGUAUGAACGCGAGGUUGCGCGUGGUGUCGGGGAAAACGAGGAGAUUUUCACUGGCGAGGAAGACGUGGUUUCCACUCGGACGGGAUGGACCGACAAGCAUCGUCCAAGAAAACCUCGUUAUUUCAAUCGAGUUCAGAUGGGCUAUGAGUGGAACAAGUACAAUCAAACACACUAUGACCAUGACAACCCACCGCCAAAGAUUGUUCAGGGAUAUAAAUUUAAUAUUUUCUAUCCUGACCUCAUCGACAAAACUAAAGCGCCUACUUACCGCAUUGAAAGAGAAAACGGCAGAAAGCGGGGUCAAACAUUUGCUCCGGCCGGAGAAGAAGAUACCUGUUUGAUCCGGUUCAUUGCGGGUCCGCCUUAUGAAGACAUUGCAUUUCGAAUUGUCGAUAAAGAGUGGGAUUAUAGUGCUAAGAGAGAAAGAGGCUUCAAGAGCAGUUUUGACAAGGGAAUCCUACAGCUACAUUUCCAGUUCAAGAAGAUUUACUACCGCAAGUGAGGCGUCGGGUCUAAUCCGAUUGUAUUUUGUACUUUCCCGUUCGUUCCUUGCCCGAGCUAUGUCGGAGAUGCAUGAUGGACCAAAAAGCGGUAAACGAUGGGUCGAUCGAACUCCGGAAAUCAAGGGGUUACUGGCGCUGCAUACACUUGACCCGCUCACAAAAGAGCCGUUCUGACGUUGCAGUGGAUCCACAUUCCUGGCCUGCACCCGUAGAAUGGCGGUAAGGCCGGACCAGACUGCACGACCUAGACCCUUGUCGCGGCUGAGACCGGGGACGCUACAAGGUUGAUGGCAUCAAAUGAGCACUAGGAGAUCAUGGCUUUUUUUAUAUGCUGGU